ACUAGCAUGAUGGAGUGGAUAAAUUAAUUUGCAUGUCUCAACCCCAUUUUCAGGUACUUUAUGUUACCCAUUGUUCAUGAAGGCCACAAUUUUUCUUUCUCGACAAAUCUUAGCUUCCAAAAUGUUCCGAGGCUUGGUUUUUGCAACCCACAAACAUUGUGACAGCUCUAGAAUUGAAUUAGUUGCCAAAGAAAUGUGUGAGAUAAUCUUGGACCGAUAUCCUGACAUCAAAACAUUGAGUAAACUACACUCCAAGAUCGUUGUCAAUGAACAUCUUAAGGUUGACCCAACUCUUGCUAUUAAGCUUAUGAGAGCUUACUCUGCUUGUGGGAAAACAAGAGUUGCCCGUUACAUAUUUGAUGGAACUUUUGAAAAGAAUGUAGUCUUUUUUAAUGUCAUGAUAAGAAGUUAUGUGAACAACAACUUGUAUGUUGAAGCUCUUUCCAUUUAUCAAGUCAUGUCAAGUUGCGGUUUUAAUCCUGACCAUUACACAUUCCCAUGUGUUUUGAAGGCAUGUUCUGGAUUGGAUAAUUUGAGGGUUGGGUUGCAAGUUCAUGAUGCAAUAGUGAAAGUUGGUCUUGACUCAAAUGUAUUUAUUGGAAAUGCCUUGGUAGCCAUGUAUGGUAAAUGUGGUUGUUUAAGGGAGGCUAGGAAAGUUCUUGAUCAAAUGCCAAACAGAGAUGUGGUUUCUUGGAAUUCAAUGGUUGCAGGGUAUGCACAACGUGGGCAAUUUGAUGAUGCAUUGGAAAUUUGUAAGGAAAUGGAUACCCUAAAUCUAAAUCAUGAUGCUGGUACGAUGGCUAGCCUUUUGCCGGCUGUGAGUAAUACAUCAUCCGAAAAUGUUCAGUAUGUUCAUAAGAUGUUUGAGAAGAUGGAUAGAAAGAGUUUGGUUUCAUGGAAUGUAAUGAUAGGAAUAUAUGUGAAUAACUCUAUGCCAAAUGAAGCCGUCAAUUUGUUUUCACAGAUGGAGGAAUGUAGGAUGAAACCAGAUGCAGUCACAAUUGCAAGCCUACUUCCAGCUUGUGGGGAUCUUUCGGCUUUAUUUUUAGGAAGGCGACUUCAUGAAUAUAUUGAGAAGGACAAUCUCCGACCAAAUUUGUUAUUGGAAAAUGCAUUACUUGACAUGUAUGCGAAGUGUGGAUGUUUAGAAGAAGCUAGGGAUGUAUUUAAUAAAAUGAAAUUUCGAGAUGUUGUGUCUUGGACAUCAAUGAUGUCUGCAUAUGGAGUAAGUGGUCAAGGCCAUGAUGUGGUGGUGCUCUUUGCAAAAAUGCAAGAGUCAGGUCUAAAUCCGGAUUCCAUUGCUUUUGUUUCUGUACUCUCUGCUUGUAGCCAUGCUGGAUUGUUGGACCAAGGGCGUCAUUACUUUCAUGUGAUGACCGAGCAAUAUGGGAUAGUUCCAAGGAUAGAACACUUUGCUUGCAUGGUAGAUUUAUUAGGACGAGCUGGUGAAGUGGAAGAAGCAUAUGCUUUCAUCAAGCAUAUGCCAAUGGAGCCAAAUGAAAGAGUUUGGGGUGCACUUUUGAGUGCUUGUCGAGUGCACUUGAAGAUGGAUAUUGGACUUCUAGCUGCUAAUUGUCUCUUUCAAUUGGCUCCUAAGCAAUCGGGCUACUAUGUGUUGUUAUCAAACAUUUAUGCAAAGGCUGGUAUGUGGAAAGAUGUAGCAAAUGUUCGAUAUGCAAUGAAGAACAAAGGAAUUAAGAAAGUGCCAGGCAUUAGUAAUGUUGAGCUUAAGGGUCAAGUUCAUACAUUUCUGGCAGGUGAUCAAUAUCAUCCACAAUCAAAGAAAAUAUAUGAGGAGUUGGAUGUAUUAGUUGGGAAGAUGAAGGAGUUAGGUUACAUUCCUGAGACAGAGUCUGCACUCCAUGAUGUGGAGGUUGAGGAUAAAGAAUGUCAUCUAGCUAUUCAUAGUGAAAAGUUGGCAAUUGUCUUUGCUAUUUUAAACACUAAGCAUGGCACACCAAUUCGAAUUACCAAGAACCUUCGUGUUUGUGGGGAUUGCCAUACUGCAAUUAAAUUUAUGUCCAAAAUAGUGUCACGCAGCAUUAUUGUUAGAGAUUGCAAUCGUUUCCACUAUUUCAGUAAUGGAAUUUGCUCAUGUGGAGAUUAUUGGUAGCCAAUAGAUGUUGAAGCAACAAUGGAGAUUAUUCGAGUAGAAAGCUUCUGGUAUCGUCAUUAUCCUCGCCCGUGAAG